UAAAAACGAAUAAAUGAAAUUUACAUCUGAUCAUACGUUAACUACACAUACAAGUCUUAUUUUAGGGUUUAUUCCGCAAGUAGCGCCCAUAACUCCCCUUCAAUGGCGGAGAUCCAAUCCCUUCCUCCGUCUCUUUUGGAGUCUUACCUUUUCUUCUUCUCUUCUCUCCUUUUUCUGAGAUUUGUAAGCUUCUGAUUUUCCAUUUGAAGGAAUUUUUCUUCAAAUCCCUAAUUUUCAGACGGAGAUUUCAAAGAUUUCUUAAGGAUUAGGGAAAAUUUUCAGAUCUAAUUUCGGAAUUGCACGUCGAGAUCUUGGAAUUCCAGUACAGCAUCGCAUUCUGCUGAUGGUGUGGUGGCUGUUUGUUUCUUGAUUUGGGAUUUUUGUUCUUCUUCUAGAAUUUUGACGAAUUGCGAUCUGCUUAGGAAUGCGGUUGCGAUUGCUGCUGCUGGAUAUUAGAUCUUUCAGUUACGGCAUUUUGCGGUAGGUUUGUGGAACCACGAUGCUGGGUACGCCUAAAGGGAUGCCGGGUUUUCCCGCCUUCCCGAGGUCGAUUUCGUCGAUUGUGGUGUGGGUGGGUGGGUUGGCUCUGUUCCUUAUCCUCGCUUCUUGGAUUCUGAUUUCGUAUCCGGUGGGCGUCGACCAGGCGAGGAAGUCGGGAUUGGCGUUUCUCAGCGUUAACCAGACGGCGAAUCUGAUCCAACGGACAAAAUCUUUUAGAAGUGGCAGCAGUGGCCAACGAGAUGGGAGCGGUAUAUUGGGCUUUUCCAGAUCUGGUGGGGGUGUGGCACCGGGAGGCAUGUUAUCAUCUGAUGGAAUGCGAGAAGUGGAGCCUGCUGGUGGGUCAGUUUCUGUUAAUGGUAGUGAGGGGGUGGAGGUUCCAGGGACCACUUUAGCGGGCACGCUGACAUCUUUGAAUUCCACAACGACGAUGGUGCCUGUCUCUUCAGCUGUAUCUGACAGUGGUGGGAAGGUGGAUUCAGGAGCGUCUGAUGAUGGCUCGACCCCUUCUUCGAAUUCGACGGUCAUGAUGGAGCCUGUUGCCCUUGUUCCCUCAGGUCUGCUCGAGAAGUCUGGGAAGGCUGAUUCAAGGAGCUGUGAUCUGUACCGUGGUAAAUGGUUUCGUGAUCCAGCUGGGCCCCUUUACACGAACAACACAUGUCCUAUCAUAACACAGAUGCAGAACUGUCAGGGAAAUGGACGGCCAGAUAAGGAUUAUGAGAACUGGAGAUGGAAACCUGAGCAGUGUGAUCUCCCGAGAUUAGAUCCCAAAAAGUUCUUGGAGCUAAUGAGAGGGAAGACAUUAGCCUUCAUUGGAGAUUCUGUUGCUCGAAAUCAAUUUGAGUCUAUGCUGUGCAUACUCUGGCAGGCAGAAGCUCCUAAAAACCGGGGCAACCGAAGAAUGCAGCGUUGGUACUUUAGCUCGGCUGACUUCUUCAUUGUCCGAAUAUGGUCGUCAUGGCUUGUCCACAGGACAUCAGAGCCCUUCCAAUUUGCUCCAGAAGGCGUCGACAAGCUCCACCUCGAUGCCCCAGAUGAGGGCUUCAUGGAAUUCCUACCAAGGUUCGAUGUUGUCGUCCUCUCCUCAGGACACUGGUUCGCCAAGCAAUCUGUCUACAUUCUCAACAAUGAGAUUGUUGGUGGGCAGCUGUGGUGGCCCGACAAAUCCCGGAAAAUGAAAAUAGACAAUGUGGAAGCAUUUGCAAUAUCCGUUGAGACCAUUCUCACCGCGAUGGCCACACACCCAAACUACACAGGGAUAACCAUAGUGCGUUCAUACUCACCCGACCAUUAUGAAGGGGGAGCUUGGAACACAGGCGGAUCAUGCACUGGAAAGGUCAGGCCUGCUCUUCAAGGGGAGUUAGCGUUGAAUGGGUUCACGGAGAAAAUGCAUGAGAAGCAGGUAAUGGGUUUUCAAAAGGCACUGAAGAAGGCGACAAACAAGUCAAAAUUGAGGUUGAUGGAUAUCACAGAGGCAUUUGGGUACAGGCCUGAUGGCCACCCAGGUCCAUACCGGAGCCCCGACCCAAACAAGAAGACAAAGCGGGGGCCGCAUGGUGAGCCCCCGCCGCAGGACUGCUUGCAUUGGUGCAUGCCCGGCCCGGUUGAUACGUGGAACGAGCUUGUGCUCGAGAUCAUUAGGAGAGAAUUAGAGGAUGCAUGAUCGGCAAUGGUUGCUCACGCAUGUGUCCAUGCAAUUGUUGUAAUUUUGUAGGUUGAAAAGGUUAAUCAAUCACCCAGGGAGAAGCUAGGUUUGGGAAAGAGGACCAAAAAAGUCCAAUGCCCCCAUAUAGGAUUGACGAGAAAAUACCCUCGUGAACAGAGUGAUGGGCAUCUCCAGGCUAAGUCGAUUAUAGGCAUGCUUAGAAACUUGGGGGGGUGUGUGUUUUAGUCAAUAUCCUUAAAAUGGGGAUAGGUUAUUUAUAUUUAUACUCCAAAAUUUCUCGUAAUUGUUUCAUUUAUUUCAGUAUA